AUGGCCGAAACAGAAUCAGCCAAAGUUAACGACUGGGAGAACCCCGCGGUCUUCCAGCGCAACCGCCUCAAGCCCCGCGCGUACUGGAUUCCCGAGACGAGUCUGUCUCUAAACGGCAAUUGGGACUUUAAUUAUGUUUCUUCGCCGCUACUUGCGCCGUCUCCUACCUCGACUGAAAAAGGAGAGGAAGAUGUAGGGCAAGAUGACGAAUGGAAGCCCAUCGUUGUCCCCGGACACUGGCAACUUCAAGGCUAUGGACGACCUCAUUAUACGAACGUGAUCUUCCCCUUCCCUACGGCACCGCCACAUGUCCCCAGUGAGAAUCCCACCGGUACAUACAAGAAGACGUUCUAUGUCCCCGCUACCUGGGGCAAGUCCGAUCAGUUGCGACUGCGCCUUGAUGGAGUCGACAGCGCGUACCAUGUAUGGGUAAAUGGGGUCGAGGUUGGAUACGCACAGGGCAGUCGAAAUCCCGCAGAGUUUGACAUUUCAGAAAUUGUGAAGAGGGGUGAGGCGAAUGAGGUCUUUGUUCGCGUCUAUCAGUGGUCUGACGGGUCUUAUAUUGAGGAUCAGGAUCAAUGGUGGCUUUCUGGCAUCUUCCGCGAUGUCACCUUGAUCGCCUUUCCCUCUGCUGCGCGCAUUGAGGAUUUCCGCGUCAAGACAACGCUGGACAAGGACUAUGUCGACGCGGAGCUUCAGGUCUCGGUUGACGUGACAGCCGCAACCUCGAGCACGGUGACAGUGACCCUCUCCGACCCCUUCAACGAUCGAAAGACAAUCAUAUCCGAAAACCAAUCCGCAUCCUCCAGUGGGACCCUCACCUUCACCCUCCCUGUCCCCAACCCACGCAAAUGGACCGCCGAGACCCCCAACCUGUACGACCUGGAAAUCACCCUGAAAUCCGAGCAAACAACUCUCCAAAAAGUCCCCCACAGGGUCGGCUUCCGCCAAGUCGAGAUCCUGAACGGCAACAUCACCAUCAACGGCACCCCCAUCCUCUUCCGCGGCGUAAACCGCCAUGACCACCACCCGCUGCACGGGCGCGCCGUGCCCCUCGCCUUCCUCCGCAACGACCUGCUACUGAUGAAGCAGCACAACGUCAACUCCGUGCGCUGUUGCCACUACCCGUCGCACCCGGCCCUGUUCUCCCUCUGCGACGAACUGGGCCUGUACGUCAUGGACGAAGCAGACCUCGAAUGCCACGGGUUUUACGACGCCGUCGCGCGCCCGCUCGAUAUCCCGGAGAGCAUGGACUACGAGGAGCGGAAGAAGUUGACCUUCGCUCAGGCGGCCGAGUUUACCUCGAAUAACCCCGUGUGGAAGGAAGCGUAUCUCGAUCGCGCGGUGCAGAUGGUGCAGCGCGAUAAGAACUAUGCGAGCGUUGUUAUCUGGUCCCUGGGCAACGAGGCGUUUUAUGGCGAGAACCAUCGCGCGAUGUAUCGGUAUAUCAAGGAUGAGGAUCCGAGUCGACCUGUGCAUUAUGAGGGGGAUGUAAACGCCGAGACGGCGGAUAUGUUCUCGUACAUGUACCCCUCUGUCGCGCGCAUCGAGAGACUAGCGCAGGAAGAAGGUGAUGACUUCGCGAAACCGAUCGUCCUGUGCGAGUACGGGCACGCAAUGGGGAAUGCUCCCGGUGGGCUGGAAGACUACAUGAAUGCCUUCCGAUCCCAUCGCCGUCUGCAGGGUGGGUGGAUUUGGGAGUGGGCGAACCACGGGCUUUGGGAUGAGGAGCGCGGGUUUUACGGAUAUGGCGGGGAUUUUGGGGACGAGCCGAAUGAUGGGAAUUUUGUGCUGGAUGGACUGCUGUAUAGUGAUCAUACGCCGACGCCCGGGUUUGUGGAGCUGAGGAAGGCGUAUGCGCCUGUGCAUGCGUGGUUCGAUGGUGGGGAGAUUCAUGUCGAAAAUCGGUUUGAUUUUGUGGAUUUGAGUGGAUUACAGGCUGUUUAUAAGGUUGAGGUGCUUGGAGAGGAAUCGAAGAUCAUCGACGCUGGAACACUGACUCUGCCCGACAUCCAGCCUGGGAAGACAGGAAAACUCACCUUUCCAGGAUCCUUCACCUACAAAAAGGCCGCCGGGACAGAAACCUGGCUCACCGUGACAUUCAACACAAAGCACGCCUCCGCCUGGUCCGACGCAGGCUACGAGAUCGCCUGGUUCCAGCACCGGCUCGACUUUGCCAACAUCGCCGCGACACCUUCACCCAAGGCAGCCUUUGCAGUCAGCACAAAGCCAACAAAGUCGCACUAUGUCAUCACGGGAACGGACUUUGUCUUCAAAUUCUCCCGCACAACGGGAAAUCUCACCUCGUGGCUCGCACAGGGUACCGAACUCCUCGCAGACUCCACAACCGGGACCCUCACCCCAGGCUUCUGGCGUCCAUCGACAGACAACGACAUCCCAUAUGAUCUCGGCGAAUGGCGACGCUACGGGCUCGACGUGCUAACCUCGCAACUUCGCUCAAUCAGUCUAGCCCAGAUUGACGCGUCGACCAUCGAACUAAAAACAACGACCUUCCUCUCCCCUCCAAUCCUCGCCUGGGGCUACGAAGCCACCACAACAUACCGCAUCACCGGCGAGGGAGCCCUAUCCAUCCAAACGAAGCUCACACCCAUCGGCUCCAAGCCCAAAGAUGUUCCACGGGUGGGAUUUGAUCUCUUGCUCAACGACAAGCUGGAUAAUGCGGCGUGGUUCGGUCUCGGACCCGGCGAGGCCUACGCGGAUAAGAAGCGGUCGCAGAAGAUCGGCCUGUAUCGCGCCACCACGGCAGAGCUGCAUACACCGUAUGAAGUCCCGCAGGAGGGCGGGAACCGGAUGGAGGCUAGGUGGUUGCGUGUUGGGGAUGGGAGGGGGUGGGGGGUGAGAGUUACGCGCGAUACACCUUCCUCGGAAUCGAACGCUGGCGCGGACUCGAGCUCUGAGGAGAGGUUGUUCGACUGGGUGGCGACACGGUAUAGCGCUGAAGCUGUGGAAAAGGCGAAGCAUGCGAAUGAGCUUGUUCCGGAGAAGCUGGUCCGUGUACGGCUGGAUGUGCAGACUUGUGGGGUCGGCACUGGCGCGUGUGGGCCGACGACGCUGGACAAGUAUCGCGUGCCCUGUGAGGAGAGGGAGUUUGGAUUUAGGCUUGAGGCUGUUUUGGGGGAUUUUGCUUGA